UCUCACCGCCCUGCUGAUAAGUAGCUUUCUCCCUUUUUCUCCCUCUCCUGAUAUUUCUUUUUUUCUCUCUUGUCAGCUUUCCCUUUUUUCCUUUUGUGUUCUGAUUCCUUAGAUUGAUUUGUAUUAAAUUCUCACCCCUUCUGUCCUGUCCUCUCUUUUUGUGGUAGACGUCCUUUCCCUCAUUCUUUGUUUGUUCUGGGUGGUCGGUGUUUCUUAUCAGGAGUUUACUUGUUUAAGCGGACCUCUUAUUUUUUCUCUUUCCCUUACCUACAUCAUUCAAACCUCCCCAUAAUUUGUCUGUUACGGAUACCCGGUCGAGAACCGACGGACAACUUCACUGCAUACUCCAUCGCGCUCUCACAUUUGUCCCUUGCUGUUCCCUGAAAUUGUGUCUCAGGGUUAGUGAAAGGGGCCCUCUCGUGUCAGUAUAUAGUCGAUCUGCGGAAUCUCCGAUCGUCCUGCAUUAUCUCUUUAUAUUCGAUUCGCGACACCAUGUCACCACGUGAGGCUGCGACACUUCCCUCCCGCCGACGUCCUUCCCUCUCCUUCAGACCUCGACCUCGGACGGCUACCUCGUCGACCCAUCAAACAACCUGUUUAGAAAACGACGUAUGGGGUGGCGGGUCAGCUGUCGAUGAGGGGCAGGUGUUGGAGGAAAUGAAUCAUUUCCCUGAACCUGUUCCCAGGCGCCGAGAAGCGAGAAGCUUCUCAAGCCUACGUCAUCCUGUCGAUGGCUUGCGCGCCCUCGGCCGCCGCUUAUCGGUCACGAUCCGGAAUAAAUCUUCCAGGCAUUCGGCUCAUCACCAUCAAGAUGACCUGGGCGACUUGAACCAUGAGCCGGAGUUUACGCCUAGAAAUAGGCAUUCGUGGUGCAAGGGUACCGGUGUCGAUCGCCGGUUGUCUCAUCACAGCGUAUCGGCGCUGCACGGCUUUCAUGCACCAACUGCGCCUGUCCAUGCUCCGAUUCCAGGCAAUGGUUCGGAGCCCCCCGUUAUUUCGGACGAUAUCUAUGCAGGCGCAGCCGCUCGGGCGGCCGCUGCGGUCCAGAACGAGCUGUUCAGGGUCGAGAGGGAUGGUGCAAAGUACUCCGACCCGGGACUGACGAGAGAUUCGGAGAGCGGUAUUGGUAUCGACCUGCGUGACCGCUCCGAACUCUCUGACACGGAUCUGGCCUUUUUGCGCUUGGAUCCGGUGACUCAUCUACCACCAGAGGUCAUGUCACAUAUUUUUACUUAUCUCGACCCCCAAUCUCUCAUGCAAUGCGAAUCGGUCUCUCGCGCUUGGAGUGAGCAGGCCUCCUCCCGGCAUAUUUGGAGACAUGUGUUCCGUCACACCUAUGGACAUAGUCGCCCUGUCGGCACCUCGAAGAAAAAACAAUCUGCUGGUUUAGGAAAAUCUCUCCCAGACCAAGACUGGAAGAGAAUGUUCCUUGUUCGCCGUGCGCUGGAGCAGCGAUGGAAGGAAGGCAAGGCUGCUGCUAUUUAUCUCCACGGACAUAAAGACAGCGUGUAUUGUGCACAAUUUGAUGAAGACAAAAUCAUUACGGGAUCCCGUGAUCGAACCAUCAGAGUGUGGGAUGCACAUUAUCCUUGGCCAUGCCGCAAGAUUAUCGGACCCCCUCCAGGAGAUAUCGCUGGUAUUGGGCCUGUCAAUAACAUGUCCCAGCAGUCAUCUGGGAAGCCACCUUUUCUAACAAUUUGCCCCCCGCCGACGCUCUCCGCUGGGAUUACUACUCCGGUUGAACAAGCUUCAGAGUACCAUAGCGCAUCCAUCCUUUGCCUUCAAUUCGAUGACGAGAUCAUGGUCACGGGGUCAUCUGACUAUACCUGCAUUGUUUGGGACAUUCAGAAUGACUAUCAACCUAUUCGCCGCCUGGAAGGCCACCGGGCAGGUGUGCUGGAUGUGUGCUUUGAUGACCGUUAUAUUGUCUCUUGCUCGAAGGAUACCACCAUCUGUGUGUGGGAUCGACAUACUGGGACUCUCCUUCAAAGGCUUGUCGGCCACCGGGGUCCUGUCAACGCAGUUCAACUACGUGGCGAUUUGAUUGUCUCUGCGAGCGGAGACGGCGUCGCCAAAUUGUGGAACAUAACGUCUGGCCACUGUGUGAAGGAAUUCCACAGUAAAGAUCGCGGACUUGCAUGCGUUGAGUUUAGUGAAGAUGCCAGGACUAUCCUCACCGGAGGUAACGAUCAAGUUAUAUAUCAGUUUGAUGCAAACACCGGUGACAUGGUCAAUGAGCUGAAAGGCCACGAAGGGCUAGUCCGGUCUCUGCACCUGGACAGUGCGGGACAGCGGAUCGUCAGCGGAAGUUAUGAUAUGAGCGUUAAGGUCUUUGACGCGCAGACCGGGGAGUUGUCGAUUGACCUACCCGGCUGGACCACCAGCUGGAUGUUGAGUGUGAAGUCGGACUAUCGACGCAUCCUGGCCACGAGCCAGGAUUCUCGAGCUGUCAUCAUGGACUUUGGCUAUGGACUAGAUGGCAUUGAAUUGCUAGAGGAAUAGAUGGGACACAACCCUAGACAUACAUUUGCUCUUUAUGCUCCAUUAUAGGAAAAGUUCCGGUUUUAGGGAGUUUAUACGGUUAAUCAUUUGGGAUCUUCUCUUGUGGCAGCUUGCUUUGCACUGUUUGCGCUUUUCUUGCGCCUUUUUGGAUAUAAUUCUUUGGGAUACACAUUGGCUAGCGAUAGAGCGUUGAUACUUCAAAAGAUUUUUGCUUUGCUUUCUCA